GCCACCUAUCUUUUUGCGCUCGAACUAAAAUAACAUAUGUCAUAUUACAAUACCCGGCUGUUUACAUUAUAAUAAAUGUAAAAUAACUAAUUUCUUCUUAUUAUAACAUAAAUACCUCUCCAAACUAAUUAAAAUGUGUCAUGCAACAUUAUAACCUCUGAAAGUUAUAAAAACAUUUAGAAUUGUUAUUAGAAUGUUCUGCAAGAAGUUGAUUUUAAAUUUGUUUACAUACAGUCAAUCUACAAGGUAUAAUGUUGCAAUUGCACGUCGAACAUACCAAAAAACCUCAAUUAAUUACGCACAAAACAAGAAAAAAGAAGAUGAUAAAAAGCCACCAAGUGAAGUUACCGUAAAACAUACAUUUGAGAAUGCUCAGGUAAAAAAUAGGAAUACUUACAUGGAUAUGGUGCAAUUGUAUAUUGAUCAUGAUGUGCACAGAAGAGGUCAUGUGGAAUUCAUUUAUUCUGCAUUAAAAAACAUGGAGAGUUUUAAUGUACAUAAAGAUUUAGAGGUUUAUAAGUCGUUGAUUGAUGUGCUACCAAAAGGAAAGUUUCUUCCAACAAAUGUGAUUCAAUCAGAGUUUAUGCACUAUCCUAAACAGCAGCAGUGUGCUAUUGAUUUAUUAGAACAGAUGGAAGACAAUGGUGUAAUGCCUGAUGGUGAAAUGGAAGACAUGCUGCUAAAUGUUUUUGGCAAACGCGGUUUUCCACUGCGGAAAUAUUGGAGAAUGAUGUAUUGGAUGCCAAAAUUCAAAAACGCUUCGCCUUGGGCCGUGCCCAAUCCACCUCCGAAUGAUGCGUUAGAACUAGCCAAAAUGGCGAUUAGUCGAAUAAGUAGUCCUGAUGUACAAGCCCAACAAACAAUUUAUCAAACUUCAGAUAUUGCUGAUUCAAUAGACGAUACGUGGAUUGUCAGUUCACAAAGCCCCACACAGAAAGUAUUACUAUCACAACACGAUCCAAAACAACCAAUUUACAUUGAAGGAUCAUUUCGGGUCUGGUUACGAAAUAAAUGCGUGAAUUAUUUCAUUUUGCGUGGAAAUCCCAGACCAGUUGAUAAUUCGAUAGAAGAUUCAGAUGAUGUUAGUAACAUAAAAGUACCAAUCUUUAACUUUGCAUCACAACCGAAAAAACUGGUAAAAGUACCAUCUGUGCACGAACAAUCAGACGGAGUAAUUUAUUCUCUUUGUGCGACUGGAACUUCCAGCAAAGAUUCAUUAUUAUCCUGGAUCCGACACUUGGAGAAAGAUAAUUCAGUGUUACAGCACUGCCCAGUUGUUUUUACGUUACGAACCGCAGAGAAGGAAGUAUCAGUCGUGACAGAACCGGAGCCAGACAAACUCGAUGCGAAAUAAUGUACAGUUUUAUUUAGAAAAGAGAAUGAACUGAAAGUAUCGUAAGUGAUUGGGGUAAACAGCGAAAAUUGUUGAAAUUGAAACAAUAUUUCAGUCUUCUAGCGAUUAUAUGAUGAUAAAAAGAUUGGUAUGAUGUAAGAAUUAUCUACAAUUUGUUGAAUAUGUUAAUAAAUGAUGAACAGGUCGACAUAGAACAAACAA